AGGGGAGCGCAGCACUGAGCAGAGCCCGGCGGCCCCGCGGGAGCAUCCAGCGCGGGCGGGUGAGCGAGUUCUGACAGCGGUGGCAGCAUGAGCGUCCCCAAGCCGAGUCCCGAUGGAGAGGCACAAGGCCCAGUGGGCACGGCUACGGUGGGUGCCCGGGAGAAGGGUCCCCGGCUGAGCCAGUGGCUGCCCUCCAUCGUGGUGGAGCCCAGCGAGACGGGCGCCGUGGAGGGCGGGGAGCUGCGCUGGCCCCCAGAAGGCCCCCAGAGGGCUCCCCUCAAGAGCCAGGCUGCUGCAGCCCCCUUACCCAGCCGAGCCAGAGCACCAGGGAAGUUUCCGGAUGAUGCUGGCGGUGCGUGGGCCAGCUCCAGGUACCCCCGGCCCAGGGAUAGGACAAGGAUGUGGCUACACGCUGCUGCCCGUGGGGCCGUCCCCCACCCCGCUCGCCGGCAGCUGAGGGUGGCCAGGCUGGUGCCCAGAGCGGGGGCCUGGCCAGGACACCAGUGGGCAGAGCCGAGCUGCCCAGCCUCCUGCCGCCCGUUCUGGCCUGACCCGCAGCCGCUGCCCCUUCCCGUCCACGGCCCAGGAUCCGGCUCACUCCCCUCCUCGUUGUGCAGUUUGAAGCAGAAAUAA